UUGGUGGCACUUCACUAAUCCCCCACUUGGUAGCUAGCUAGCUAGCAGAGAUGGAGCUGGGCAGGGCGUGAUCGAUGAGUAGCCUAUAUAUAACCACCUCCCGUUCGUUGCAGUUGUUUCCUUGUACCCCAUCACCAGCAACAACUUCAUUCCCUCCUCCAUGCUAGCUGCUCCCUUCCUUCUCAAUUUCAUCAAUGGCAGCUAGCUCCUAGCUAGGUGGAGCAUUGCAUUCAGCUACUACAGUGUCCUCACCUUAUCCUCUAUUGUUUUGACCAGAGAGAGAGAGCACGCACGCAAGUAGUGUGAGCUUGUGAACCGACUGAGAUUGGAUCAUGAGCAUCUCGGUGAACGGGCAGUCGGUGGUUCCGCCGGGCUUCCGGUUUCACCCGACGGAGGAGGAGCUGCUGACCUACUACCUGGCCAAGAAGGUGGCCUCCCUGCCGAUCGACCUGGACGUGAUCCCCGACAUCGACCUCAACAAGCUCGAGCCAUGGGACAUCCAAGAGCGGUGCAGGAUCGGGACGGGGCCGCAGAACGACUGGUACCUGUUCAGCCACAAGGACAAGAAGUACCCGACGGGGACGCGUACCAACCGCGCCACGGCCGCCGGGUUCUGGAAGGCCACCGGACGGGACAAGGCCAUCUACUCCGCCGCCGGCUCAGGCCGCAUCGGCAUGCGCAAGACGCUCGUCUUCUACAAGGGCCGCGCGCCGCACGGCCACAAGUCCGACUGGAUCAUGCACGAGUACCGCCUCGACGACGUCUCCGCCGCCGGGCACCCCGGCGGCUCCGGCGACGUCCCCUAUUACUCCGGCGCCUCAUCCCCGAUGCGCGGCGUUGCCGGGGACCAGUCGUCGGCGCAGGAGGACGGGUGGGUGAUCUGCAGGGUGUUCAAGAAGAAGCACCUCGUCGCCAGCCACCAGACUGGCCAGGCCAGCGCCGCUGCCGUCGCCAAGAUGGGCGGCGGGCCGGCCAUGGAGCGCAGUCCAAGCAACUGCUCGUCGACGGUCACCACCGGCAGCGAACACGCCAAGGCGACCCAGAUGCAGCAGCAGCACCACCAGCUGCUGCACUACUCCGCCAGCGACGACGCCCUCGACCACAUCCUCAGCCACUACAUGGGCCGCCCAUCGUCCACAGCGUGCAAGCAGGAAACGAAGCCGCCCACCAGCUCGGCGCUUGAUCACUUGAUCAACAACACCGCAGCAGGCAGCACUCUCUACGAGAGGUACAUGAAGCUCCCGCCUCUCGAGCACGUCGUGCCCGGCGCCGGGCUCCUGCCGCCGCCGGCGACCGAGUACGGAGGCAGCGGCGGCGACUGGGACACGCUCGACCGGCUCGCGGCCUACGAGCAACUCAACGUUAUCUCCGACGGGUCGAUAAAGACCAACGGCGCCAGCAUGCCGUCCUUCUUCGUCGACGAGCACGCCGCCACCGCCUUCUCCUCGUCCGUCUCCGGCGCCGGCGACGGGGACCUGUGGAGCCUGGCGCGGUCGGUGUCGUCGCUGCACGCGGACUUGACCAUGAAUAACGUCUAGUGGUUGAUUAAUUAUAUAUUUGUCCGGUGUUUUAGUGUGGCACGUCAUGCCGCAUGCAUGCACGUACGCACUACUAGCACUAACAACUCCAUCCAUCGAUCGAUCUCUACGUCCAUGCGUACGUCCGUGCAUGGCCGGCAGGUAUUGUACGUGAAUAAUUCCUAGUAGGAGACCCAAGAUCGGAGCUAGCUCUUCAUGACGAACGUGAAACAAAUACAGAACGGAAAAGGACGGCGUGGUAGGAAAGGCGGGGGCAUAUAUGUAUUGUUAAUUACUGUAUACCUAUAGCUUAUAUUUAUAGCAUAGUAAAUCCAUAAAGAUGUGAUCACCUUGUGCA